GUUUAUAAAUAUAAGCAUUAGGAUUCAUGGACUAAAUUAGUUCUACAAGUAAUUCUAAAGAGAAGCAAACACACGUUGAUAGAGGUGUAAUGACUUAAACCGAUAGGCCAAUGAACGAGCAUAUUCGUCUAUUUCCAUUUUGAGGCGCAUAAUUCACUUUAUCUCUCUUUCUUUUAUUACACUAUGCAUAAUUAUGACAAAUUGAUGGAAAAUGACAGUAUUUCACUACAUGGCGGAUCUUCUUCUUCUACCUCAGAAUAUCAAGAACCAGUUCCACAAGUAACUCUGUCAGAUCGUGUGCUUCGACUACGAAACCACUUGACGAAAAAGCAAAUUAGACAAUUUAUAUACAAAUGGAGAUGGACAAUAUUCUUCAUAAUCAACACUAUAGUCAGCAUAAUCCUCAUGUUAACAUUUCGAAGGCAAUUCUUUCAGGCAUUAGAAACAUUUAGUCAUAAACUAAGAGAAAUGGGCUACGGAGGAUACAUUCUGAUAUCUCUACUUAUCAUUACGAGUGCGUUCCCGCCUAUCUUUGGUUACAGUAUAUAUUUGACCUUAUCAGGCUAUUCUUUUGGGUUCUCGGCUGGAUUCCCAAUAGCUUAUUUCAGUGCUUUGGGUGGUGCCUCUGCCUGUUUUUGGUUGUCAAGAACAAUAUUCAAGCAAAAGGUUAUCCGCAUAUUAGCCAGAUAUCCAAGCAUGCAAGCAGUUAUAAGGGCUGUAGAAAAGAAGGGGUUCAAAGUAAGAGAGAAGGCGACAUAUGGUCCAAAGGUUUAACCUAUUCUUAUAGUUAUUUACCUUGAUUCGACUCUC